ACCACUGCAAUCCCUCAUCAUCUUCCCCCAAAACCAUGAGAGAAAUCUUGCACAUCCAAGGAGGCCAAUGCGGCAACCAAAUCGGUGCAAAGUUCUGGGAAGUUAUCUGUGAUGAGCAUGGCAUUGAUCAAACCGGAAGGUAUAAUGGAACCACUGCUGAUCUCCAACUUGAACGUAUCAACGUUUAUUUCAAUGAGGCCUCCGGUGGCCGCUAUGUUCCUCGUGCUGUUCUUAUGGAUCUUGAGCCUGGGACCAUGGACAGUAUCAGAUCUGGUCCCAAUGGUCAGAUCUUUCGCCCGGAUAACUUUGUGUUCGGCCAGUCCGGUGCCGGAAACAAUUGGGCUAAGGGACAUUAUACUGAAGGGGCUGAGUUGAUUGAUUCAGUUCUUGACGUUGUCCGUAAGGAGGCUGAGAAUUGCGACUCAUUGCAAGGUUUUCAAGUUUGCCAUUCUCUUGGAGGUGGCACAGGUUCUGGCAUGGGUACACUCUUGAUUUCAAAGAUAAGAGAGGAAUACCCCGACAGAAUGAUGCUUACAUUCUCUGUUUUUCCUUCGCCUAAAGUAUCUGACACAGUUGUUGAACCGUAUAAUGCCACACUCUCGGUGCACCAAUUGGUUGAAAAUGCUGAUGAAUGUAUGGUUCUUGACAAUGAGGCACUCUAUGACAUCUGUUUCAGGACUUUGAAGCUCAGCAACCCAAGUUUUGGUGACCUGAACCACUUGAUUUCUGCAACCAUGAGCGGAGUGACUUGCUCUUUGAGGUUUCCUGGCCAACUGAAUUCUGACCUGCGGAAGCUAGCUGUUAACCUGAUCCCAUUCCCUCGUCUCCAUUUCUUCAUGGUUGGUUUUGCACCCCUCACUUCUCGUGGGUCCCAGCAAUACACCUCCCUGACGGUCCCAGAACUGACUCAACAAAUGUGGGACUCGAAGAACAUGAUGUGUGCAGCAGAUCCACGCCAUGGACGUUACCUGACAGCUUCAGCGAUGUUCAGGGGAAAGAUGAGCACGAAAGAGGUUGAUGAACAGAUGAUCAACGUGCAAAACAAGAAUUCUUCUUACUUUGUGGAAUGGAUACCAAACAACGUGAAGUCUAGCGUGUGUGAUAUCCCGCCAACCGGAUUGAAAAUGGCAUCAACGUUUGUUGGGAACUCGACCUCGAUCCAAGAGAUGUUUAGACGAGUGAGCGAGCAGUUCACAGCCAUGUUUAGGCGCAAGGCUUUCUUGCAUUGGUAUACUGGUGAAGGAAUGGACGAGAUGGAGUUCACUGAGGCGGAGAGCAACAUGAAUGAUUUGGUGGCGGAGUAUCAGCAAUACCAAGAUGCUACGGCAGAGGAAGAGGAAUACGAUGAGGGUGUGGAGGAGGAGGAUCAAUACGAAGAGUAAAAAUCGUAUGUUCUGUUGUCGGUUUUCGGUAUGUGUAAUGUUAUUAUUGUUGUGGUUUGGUUUUGCAUGAUAUGUUUGAUUGUUUGAUGAAUAAGUGUAGUACUCGGAUGCAAGUGUUGUUUUUCGAAUUCAGGUUUUGAUGUUGGGUCUAAAGAUUGUUGAUAUGCAUUUUGAGUAAGAUGAAAUAUAUAUGGAGUUAAGAUGUCUUUUUC